AUGCCGCCAAAGCGGUCCUUCCCGAAAAAGUCGGUGCUGCUUCCCGUGUAUGGCGAGGCACACGGACAGGUGCCUGCUGCUGGGGCAGCAGCUUCUUUUGGGUCCGGGUAUCAGCACUUGCCGCAACUUGUGGGCAAGAAAUCUGGACUCAAGUCCUUUGAUCCUGAGACAAAAACUGCAGCGGCUGCAAGUGAGUUGGACCAGAAAGCGCACUUGUCAAUACACGCCCCGGCUGGGUGCACCUUCCAUGUGUGCCCCUUCUUCCCUUUCGUUGUUGAGAACUGCCUCGCAGUGGCUGUGCACACUGCAAAAGCUUUGAUGGGUAGUUCCUGCUGCAUUGAGAUUUCUGGAGCAUUGCGGAGAUCUCAUAUGAAGUAUAGCAAUGGACAUGUGCCCGGAGUGAACAUCAGGCUUACACCAGUGAGUGAUUCGACUGGACCUGGUCAGGGUCUCUGUGUUGCUUCUGCGCAAGGCCAUCCAAGUCUUCGCAGGUGUGCUGCCGAAAACUGGUUGGUGCUCACGGGGGAUGGUCACCCCGUUCAUCUCGCAGCGGAAGCGCAGCUGGCUCAGCUUCCUGGAAGUACCCUCCUAUUGCAGAGGCCAGCGGAGCGAGUCUACGUGUUGCGCAAUCCAGAGGAGCAGCUCAGUCGACUUGUCGUGCAGAUGGCUUCAGACAGAGGCACACAAUUGUUGGCAGCACCUGCAUCUGGAGGAGCGGUGGCUGUAAUGGCAGCAUGCAAAAGUAGCUCCGAGAUGUUGAUUCCACACGAGGUGCUUUCUGAAAUCGAAUUUCGCUUCUCUGUUGUCUUUGUACCAGAACGAGCCGCAAACAACAUCCUGGCGUCAAAGGCCACAGAUACGAUCCUUCGUCGGUUGGUAGCUUUCGGAGUGCGGGACUGUCUGCGCAAGGACUCGUGGCAAUCUGCAGAGUAUCCAUACCGACUCUUCCAGUCACAGUCCAUGUCAAGCGCAGAGAUACUGCAGCGUCCCUCGCUUCGGGUGCCCUGCGUGGAUGUGGAGUGUGACCAGGCAUCCUCAUCCUCCUCCCAAAUUUUGGCAGAUGUACGCUUCUCGCCUGCAGUGCGAUUGGUGCAGCCCUUGGCUCCCUUCUUGGUGCGCUCGGCCCGGUCACCGGAGCUAGCGGGGAGCUUCUGCCUGCAGGGCAAUGAGGCAACCCAGCGGCCCUUGAUCCAUGUCCUACCACGCCUUACAGCUGCGCAAGUCACUCAUAUCUGGCACGGACCUCUUCCCAAGGAGCAGCUCCCGCGAGAGCUUCAAGAAGUCAGUUCUUUCAGGGACUACUGGCGAAUGAUCCAUGGUCAUUGCCUGAACGAGAGCACUCUUGCAGCCUUCGCUCGCGUUCAGUUUCUUGGAGGUGAUCACAGCCAUGAGCGUGGAUUGGUCCUGACUUAUCCAGUUUCCUGCCUUUGGCGGACUUUCUGGGUGUGCCAGCCUGCUCUCAGCAAGCAGCACGGGCUUGCGAUUGUCAAGCAAGUUCUGCAGACGCUGGACAAGAACGCAAUCAUCGGUGCAUGGCAGGUGCAGUAUAAUGGCUUUGACCAAACUGGUCCCAUCAGUGUGCCACCUGCAUUGGCGCUUAACCGGUCGUCCAUCCAAGAUGCUGCCAAGAAGAUCAAGCCAGUCGAAUCACCAGUGGCUUCGGACCCGGCACCCGUGCGCAAGAGUGGCCAUACCGGCAAGCGCCGCCUCAUUCUGCCUCUUGUACACACAAGCGGCAGCAGCAGUGCCGGUCUCACUCCCGCGCUGCCUUCCAAGCGCCAGUGCGUGCGCUGA